CUUAAAAAGCCCCUUUUACAGGAAACUGGUAAACUAUGACUCACUUUCAAGGAAAAUGAGAAACACUUGUUAGAGUGAACUUAAGUGUUGAUUGACUUGUAAAAGAUGUGCAGGCUGACAUUGGUCAUCAAGCUGUUGCUGUUGCAUUAUGCGAGCCAGAGUAAAACCGAUAUCGAAAAAAGCUGCAAUGAAGAUGUCUCACUUGAGUGUCCAGUUUCUGAAAAGGACAGCAGUUUCCUCUCUGUGGCAUGGUACAAGGUAAACAAUGGGAAUAAACAUGGCAUUAUCAGGAGGGGUAAUGGUGAGGAGCCAGUGUACUACAACUUUUCUCGUGAGGUCACAUUUGGGGAGAAGCAGGAUCUACUUCUGCGUAAGGUUUCACCUGCCGAUUCGGGCGAUUACGAGUGUACCAUCAGCGCAAAUGUAGGGGGUCAAAACCAGAAUCACAAAGUCAGCCUGAUCGUUAAUGAGUGCGUGCCCACAGCUCCGCUGACAACACUGAAUUAUUUGAACACAACAAUGACAACUCCGACCAGUCCGCCAUGCCCGAAACAACUCCUGGACCUGCCGGUCACGUGGAGCAUAGCUGGCUAUGCAGCAGUGGCCCUGGCCAAAAUAGUUCUGUCUCUAAUCGUCAUCUGGGUAAAUAUAGUCUUUUAUUUUUCUGCACACAGAGGAGAAAUUAUUCAAAACAUUUAGGGGAUAUUUUGGUACACGCAGCACUUCAGAUACUUAAACAGUUUUAAGCCUAUUUCACUAGCGCCUGAUCACAGACACCAUGGGGUAAAUAGAUUCAAAGAUGACUUCUAAAGUCACAGCCACUUAAUAAUUUGACAGUUGCUAAGUCUUCUAAGUAACAGCUGAACCAAAAACAUUUGUUCAUGACCUCUUAAUGACACAUUAAACCGUUUCACAUUGUUCAUUUGGGGAAUUUUCCUCAGUGUUUCCAGUAAUGUGGCUUUUGAUUUUUGGGGAAAAGAACAACCGUUGUUGGUAGUUUAAAAAAAAAAACUGUAUUUUGUUGGUGCAUACAUCCCUGCUCCUUCAUAAAUAAUAAAAAUAAAGUUAUUAAUUUCCCCCCAUUUCCUAGGUCACAGUCAGCAACUUGACCCCUUGCCCCUAAAAUUGACCACAUUUUGGUCUUGCAGUGCCUACCAGAAUGACUAGUACUGUCUUUUUUAUUGAGAAGACAGUUUCCAAAUGUAAAGUAAACAAAUUGAAACGAAAGCAAACAGAGAAUUACACAGGACUCCAACUGUAAUUUACAGGCUCAUGAUUGCUACAGUAAAUUGUUGCCUUUCAAAAAAAUCAUCAUAGACAGUUUAGAAAGGAAUUAUUGGUUAAGUUAGCUAAGUUUAAUCAAAACAGAUAGAAAAGGGAUAAAACUUGAUUUUCAACGCACUUGCAAAAAUCAAACAUCACGGUCUUUUCUGGUUUCAAAACAGAAUCAGCGGUGAAGCUAAAAUUUCUUCCAUGUAAACUGAUAUUUAAAGUAGGAUGUGUAGCCUGAGCUGAGGGAGCAAAACAAUUAAAACAUCUAUGUCUUAUCAGUUUUUAUCAAGAAACAUUCACGCAUUCUGUCUGAAAACGUUGUGGUUUUAGGGACCUAGAAACACAUCUGGUGGAAACAUAUGUAGGUAAAAACAGAUAAGGCUGAAACUAGAACUGUGUGGAAAAAACACAGAGACAAGUAAAGAAGAAAUUCAACUUUUUAACUUCGAAACUCAGAUAUGUUUUUAAGUGUCCUUACUUUUAUUUACCAGCCCUAGAAAAGUUCAAGAUGUGGUUAAAGUGAAGGCUUUCAGGUUCAAUUCAAAGGGUUUAGCUGUUUCCUAAUACCCCAUUUCCAGAGGCUCACAAAUCAUGAUGCAAAAUUACAAUGUCAAAUAUAAGGAAUUCCUCUAAUUAUUGGAUGAACAAUUUUUUGUAGUCAACGACUGACAGAAGUAUAGAAGCCAUAUCACUAAAUCCUUGUCUUUCCACUCGCCGUCAUCUGCAUUAAAUGCUCUGCGUGGCCUUUACUCAAGCCGCCUUCAGUUGCUGCUCUCUGCGAGUCUUUUGGGGUUUGGUUUUGUAUUAAAUGACAGGUGUAUUUAAUCAGGUGACUGACUCGGCUCUUGAGUAAUAUCCAAUUUCAAAUUUAAAAAACUCUUGGGGGUAUUUUUUUGUAUAUGUUGGGUUUUUAUCCAUUUGCACUGUGGACCACAGUGAAUCAGUUUUGCAGCAUUUGGCUGAUUCUGAGGGGAGAGUGUAGCUACGUACACUUACCAGUUACGUCAUCAAUAAACACCCUGGCUCCACUGGCAGCUGUAGACUUUAACAAUAAUACGCCUACAUUCUCAAGAGUGUUAUUCACUUAGUUCAUGUGAAGUUGCUCAUCUUACCUAGAAAACGAUUCUGCGAUUUUUUACUUUAGUUGUCUUCAUUGUCAUUCUUCUUAAGAAUGUACCAGAUUUUUCCGUUUUGUCCUUUUCCUACUUUUUUUGCUGUCUUUUUUAUUUUAAUUUAUUCAGAGGCCUAAUGAUGGCCUCCCUGCUCUGACAUCUCUUUGGAACUCAGAUUUUAAAUUACAGUGAAAAACUCUAUAAACAUAAAUUCAACACUUUAAAUCUGCUUUAGAUGAUAGGUCUGCUUCAUUUUGCAAAGAAAUAUCAGGGGAACAGAGCUCACCUGUACAUGAAACUUGUGCCAGUUGUGCAAUUAAUUUUGAGCCUCUGAAAAUGGGAGAUUAUCUAUAAAAAUAAUUAAUCCCUAAUCAGUUAAUACAAUGCUUUUGUUAAACCCCUUGAAUUUAACAUAGAAGGCGCCACUUCAAUCUUGACUGUUUGAUUUAAAAGCAUGGUAGUAUACAGAUUUAGAGUAUAUUUCCCAGACUUUGUAGAAGUAAAAAUAAAGAAUUUGUAUACAAGUCAAGAGAGCCUAAACAGACAUUUUCAAGAAUAUAUUUAUGUUUGUGAUUACGUGAACACAACAAUGUAAACACUGCAACAGAAGAAACGACUGUGUAUGGUAUGAUCAUGCCCGCCGUGUUAAAAACACAGGGAAGAAGGGAUUGUUGGGUAUUGUGGUGUGUUGCAUGUGCGGCUGGCAGCUUGUGAGCUGCAGCCGGGCCAAAUAAAAAUGGUCUUUACCUUGCAACUUUAUUGCAAGGUAAAGAGCAAGUACUUCAUGAGAAUCAGAAGGAAAAAUCCCCCUUUAAACAGGAAGAAACCACAAAACCACAAAACCAGGCUCACAAAGCCAGGGAAGUUUGAUAAUGACUAAUGAUUAAAUGUGGAGUGGUGUAUAAACAUGAGAGUGAAAAGAGGUGAGUGAAGAAGAAACUAAUAAUGCCUGAUUUCAUUUAGUACAAAAAUCAAAUUAACUAAUGAAGAAGUCCAGGAGCAUAUCUUUUAGUAGAGGACAGACAUUACAGAGAUAAUUAGAGUAAUGGCUUAACGUCACUGUUGACGUUAUCUCUAAUAUUCUAAAUACUAAGUAAAUAACCCAGUUAGUGUGAAAACCCCAUUUCCUGUUAGUCAAAAAUGUCACUGCCUUCCUCCAGUUAAUAAUGUGCACCCAUGCAACAGUUUGGUUGAUGUGGUUCAUGUUGUUGAGAAAAUGUAGGCAAACACCCUCUUUCUCUGCACUGCAUUUCCUGUUUAACUCUGAUGGUAUUUCUUCCUACAGUCAAAGCUGACAGUGUUGUUUCCAGCAUAAUUCCCUCAAUGUAUCUUGUACGUACAUAUAUAUAUUUUUUGUGUGUGUUUCUUUGAAAAUCCAGGUUAUUCGUCUCAGAUCUUCAAGGCAACGAUAUAAUAAGUGGCAUAACUGAACCAACAAUACAGACCCUCUACACACAGCCUUCCACGCGAGCGGGGAAUUUUUUUUCUUUUUAAUUUAUUCUAUUUCUAAAGGAGUUUUGUAAGACUCAUGUAUUUUUUUUUUUUACAUGUAAAUUGUAACACAGUUUUUGAGACCUCUACAUGAUGAAUGUAAAUUUUCAAAUGUAAUAAAUAAUAAACACUCCGGUUUUAACAAA